AUGGGCGGGUUGGUGACGUCUGCUGGCACGGAGAGAUCUUGGCUCAUCAGGGAGUCUAUCGGGGGGUCCCCCAGCCUCACCCCGUCUCUCUGCCCCCAGGAAUGGGUGGACUAUCGGCUGAAUUAUAGCAACAGUGAGUUCAAAGGGAUCCGCUCCCUGCGCGUCCCCUCCGACAUGGUCUGGCUGCCGGACAUCGUCCUGGAGAACAACAUCGACGGGCAGUUUGAGAUCGCCUACUACGCGAACGUGCUGGUGUACCCUGGGGGAGCCAUGUACUGGCUGCCCCCCGCCAUCUACCGCAGCACCUGUGCCAUCGAAGUCACCUACUUCCCCUUCGACUGGCAGAACUGCUCCCUUGUCUUCCAGUCCCAGACGUACAGCGCUAACGAGGUUGAACUGCAGCUGUCAAUCAAUGAGGAGACGUCCCGCCCCUUUGACGAGAUCGAUAUAGACCCUGCCGCCUUCACAGAGAACGGGGAGUGGGCGAUCCGGCACCGGCCGGCCUGGAAGGUGCUGCACCCGGAGCUGGGCCGGGAGGCGCUCGGCUUCCAGGAGAUCCGCUUCUCGCUCAUCAUCCAGCGCAAGCCCCUCUUCUACGUCAUCAACAUCAUCGUGCCCUGCGUGCUCAUCUCCUCCGUCGUCGUGCUGGUCUACUUCCUGCCUGCCCAAGCCGGUGGCCAGAAAUGCACCCUCUCCAUCUCAGUGCUGCUGGCUCAGACUGUCUUCCUCUUCCUCAUCGCCCAAAAAAUCCCAGAGACCUCACUCAGCGUCCCCCUCAUCGGCAAGUACCUGAUGUUUGUCAUGGGGGUGGCGACGCUGAUCGUGAUGAAUUGUGUCAUUGUGCUGAAUGUUUCCCUGCGAACGCCGAACACCCACUGCAUGUCUGAGCAACUCAAACAUGUGAGUCUUAAUACUUGUAUAUCCUCUCCCCCCCCCUCCAAGUGCAGGGGACCUAGGCGCCCUGACACCCCUCUCUCUGCCGCGCAGGAGAUGGAGAACUGGGUGCUGAUCGGGAAGGUGAUUGACAAGCUAUGCUUCUGUGCCGCCAUCCUGCUCUUCACUAUCGGCACCCUCGGCAUUUUCCUAAUGGGGCAUUUCAACCAGGUGCCCGACGACCCCUUUCCCCUGCAGCCGGACCCGUAGCCGGGACCCGGCCCUGCCCUCACCCGCCGGGGUACUGACGCACAAUGAGGUAGCCAUGCGGGCGAGUGUGAUGUCUGGAUGGGAGCCCCCCGCCCCACAGCACAGCACCCCCUAGCACCUUGUCCCAGGGCCAGUCACUUGACUUUUACCCACCGUCUUCUGUCCCAAGCAGCUGCAGGCACCACUACAGAGCUGGGCUCAGAAAUACUGCUGGUACGGGGGAGGGACGCCCCACCCCAGACACAGACGCAUGUCAGCACCGGGCGAGGGCUCCCUGUAUAAACCCCACCCCAGACACGGACACAUCUUGGCACUGUGAGGGAUCCCUGUAUGACCAGCCCACCCCCCCCCCAGAGGCAGCUGCAUCUCAGCCCCAUGUCUCACCCCUCCAGACCAGCAAGGAGAUUCUGGGGACACAGCUCUUUGGAAGUAGCUCUAGUCACAGCACCUGCUGGGCUAGUGUAGAUGGGCCCUGUGGCUUCCUUGCUCCCAACUCCAGAGUAGGCCGCCCCACAUCUGGUCCCCCCUCACCUUCCCAACCUUGCUGCUUGUGGCUGGCGCCUUGGGUGUGUGGGAUGAACAUGAUCACACACCAGUUCAAAGUCACCUGCUCCGGGCCGGGGGUUAACCUGCGUGCCGCCUAGGGUCACCCGCAGUCUGCUGCUUGGUGCCAACCCCCUGGUGUCCGUCCCCAGCACCUCCCUGAAGAAGCCACCCUCUGUUCCCUGUCUCCCUUCGCUUCUCCGGCAAGGUGGCCAUCAGCCAGCCCCACACGCUGCCCGAGGGGCAAAGCCCCCGUGGGGUGCAGCCUACCUGCACUCAGUUCCACCAGCACAGGGUGAGGUGGUAGGGACCUGAGCCCUGCACGUUUCGUUACAGCAAAGCAGAAGUAGACACAGAGCGUGCUUUGGUAGCCCGGUCCCAGCUGGCGCCAUGGCUGGAAAGAUGGGGCCAGCACUUCCACUUCCCUUUUGUCCACUCCAGCAAAUAAAGUCACGCGUUUUACCUCA